UUCGGAAGGAGCCAAAGCACCGUGUCCAGCCUCUGCCUUGGAGGACUGAGCCGUCGGGGGAAAAUAUGGCUUUUUUCCCUAAAAUAGCGCUGAGGCUUGAGGUUGAAAAUUACCUCAGAGAAAGCUUUGUGAAUCAGGAGAUUAUAUCAGCUGGAGGUAAAGAUGAAGCAGAAAGGAAGUUUGAAACUCUGUUAAAGCACUUGUCACACCCGCCAUCAUUCACAACUGUCAGAAUAAACACACACUUAGCCUCAGUACAAUAUGUGAAAAAUUUGUUACUUGAUGAACUCCAUAAGCAAUAUAAUGGAUUACGUGUUCCUGUUCUUCAACAUCCAGACCUUCAGGAUGUUCUACUUAUUCCUGUUAUUGGACCUAGGAAGAACAUUAAGAAACAGCCGUGUGAAGCUGUGGUCGGUGCCCAGUGUGGCAAUGCAGUGCUGAGAGGUGCCCACGUCUAUGUGCCAGGAGUUGUGUCAGCCUCAGCAUUUAUGAAAGCUGGAGAUAUUAUUUCCGUGUACUCUGAUAUUAAAGGCAAAUGUAAAAAAGGAGCCAAAGAAUUUGAUGGAACCAAAGUAUUUCUUGGAAAUGGUGUUUCUGAACUAAGCCGCAGAGAAAUCUUCAGUGGGCUUCCCGAACUAAAGGGUGUAGGCAUAAGAAUGACGGAUCCCGUGUACCGCAGCCCUUCCUUUGACAAUGUCCUGCCCGGCUAUGUGUUUUUACAGAAUUUGCCAUCUGCUGUUGUAACUCAUGUUUUGGAUCCUCAACCCGGAGAGAAGAUUCUGGACUUGUGUGCAGCACCUGGAGGCAAAACAACGCACAUUGCUGCGCUAAUGCGUGAUGAGGGAAAAGUAAUAGCACUGGAUAAAAUAUCUAACAAAGUAGACAAAAUAAAGCAAAAUGCUGCAUUGUUAGGAUUAAAUUCCAUUAGAGCAUUUUGCUUUGAUGGAACAAAGGCACUUAAACACGAUAUGGUUAAGGACACAGAAGAACCUCCAUUUUUACCAGAAUCCUUUGACCGGAUUCUUCUUGAUGCACCCUGCAGUGGACUCGGACAGAGACCAAACAUGGCUUGUACUUGGACUUUAAAGGAGGUGACUUCAUAUCCGCCAUUGCAGAGAAAGCUUUUUACAGUGGCUGUUCAGCUGCUGAAACCAGGGGGUGUGCUGGUCUAUAGCACAUGCACUAUCACCCUGGCAGAGAACGAGGAGCAAGUUGCCUGGGCCCUCGCCAAGUUUCCUUGCCUUCAGCUUCAGCCUCAGGAGCCACAGCUUGGAGGAGCAGGAAUGAUGGGAGCUGGACUGUCAUCUGAACACUUGAAACAGCUGCAGCGAUUUGAUCCCUCUGCUGUGCCAUUGCAAGACACUGACUUUGCCUCUCUCGGGGAGGCCAGCCAGGACGACCUGAUCCAACUGGCAAAUAAAGAUUGCAUAGGCUUUUUUGUUGCGAAAUUCCUAAAAUGUGAAAGCUCAAAGGAGGCUUAGGAAGCGUCAUCUGUGGGUUGUUAGGCUUUCUUGUGUGUCUGUAUUUGUUUUGGAGCCACACCUGCCUCUGUACUCAGAGAUCACCCCUGGCAGGAUUCAGGCCACUAUAUGGAAUGCCGGGAAUCGAAUCCAGGUCAGGCAUGUGCAAGGGAAGCGAUCAUGUGCUGAAAACUAUGACUUCAGCCUUGUUUGUUUGUUUGUUUGUUUUUCUAAAAAACCUUAUUGUUGCUGGUGACUGGUGGCACAGCUGUAAGAAAACAGGUGCCAGAGACCUUCACCAGGGACAGACAGAAAGAAAGUCAUCUUAUGUUUGGGGAAGAAUUUUCGUUGAUUUAGUAGAGUAUGAAGAAGAGGACAUGCCAAUAGAUGUGUGAAAUGUUUUCAUUUGGACUCAUCUGGUUUGUAUUUAUAAAGAAUGUGACUUUUAAGGUUAAAAUCAUCAAAUCUCACAAAAGAAAUAAAAUUAGUAAUGUAAAAUUUGGAAAUUUUUUCCUAUUCCUGAGUCCUAAUGGAAGGUAUAGCAUUCACCUUGUGCUAAUAUCUGCAUAUGUUACCUGACUUUUCUUAAUAUUUGGUCACUCAAGCCUCUUCAUGUUUUUAUUUGUGGGGUGGAUGGCUGUGGCACACCUACAAUGCUCAGGGCUUACUCUUGGUUCUGCACUCAAGAAUUACUCCUGGCAGGCUUUGGGAACCAUGUGGUGUGCCAAGGAUCAAACUGACUGC